UAUUAUUCAUCUCCUCCCUCGUUACUCUCUUUACACCCCUCGUUACACGAUUCUCACUCCUCUCUGCGCCUACAAGCUCCCUGACUCUCUCAUCUCUUCUUUGACCCUUCUUCAUCUUGGUUUAUGAGCUCGAAGGAGAAACCCACUCUCGGAGGUACGCGGAUUAAGACCCGCAAAAGGAAUAUUGCUGCUCCUCUGGACCCUGCAGCGUUUUCGGAUGCAGUGGUCCAGAUCUAUCUGGAUAAUGCUGGUGAUCUGGAACUUGUUGCCAAGAGUAUCGAGUCGACAGACCUUAAUUUCUCAAGAUACGGUGACAUCUUCUUUGAGGUUGUUUUCACUGGAGGGCGUACACAACCUGGAACAAUAAAACCUGAAGAGGGGGAACGUCAUCAUCACUCUGUAUUCGACGGUGAACCCAAGAGAGAAGCCAUUUUACAAUCUGUUGUCUAUAUACAGAAAAUUUUGCGGCGGAGGCCCUUUCUCAUAAAGAAUCUUGAAAAUGUUAUGCGGAGAUUCUUACAAUCGCUGGAGCUUUUCGAGGAAGAUGAAAGGAAGAAGCUGGCAAUUUUCACAGCACUUGCAUUUUCCCAAAGACUUUCUGGGCUACCCCCGGAGACAGUCUUCCAGCCGUUGCUCAAGGAUAAUCUUAUUGCCAAAGGGCUAGUGCUUUCUUUCAUAACAGACUUCUUCAAGGAGUAUUUGGUUGAGAAUAGUCUUGAUGACUUGAUCUCAAUUCUAAAGCGAGGCAAAAUGGAAGAUAACCUUAUGGAUUUCUUACCACCCACAAAGCGAUCUGCUGAAAGUUUCGCCGAGCAUUUCACUAAGGCUGGAUUGACAGCUCUGGUAGAGUACAAUGGAAAGAAAAUAUUUGAGGUGAAACUGAAGGAGAUAAAAACUGUUCUCACAAGCCAGAUCUCUGAUGAAACUGAUGUCGAUGACGUCAUUGAAGCAGUGAAGCAGCAGGUCAAAGACGGGAACCUGCCAGAGAUCGAGGUUGCGCGUGUUCUUUGGGAUGUUUUAAUGGAUGCUGUUCAAUGGUCUGGGAAAAACCAGCAGCAAAAUGCUAAUUCUGUUCUGCGCCAGGUGAAAACGUGGGCGCCGCUGCUGAACACAUUCUGCACGAGCGGGAAGCUGCAGCUGGAGCUCAUGUACAAAGUCCAAAUGCAAUGCUACGAGGACGCUAAGCUCAUGAAACUCUUCCCCGAGGUGGUGAGGUCUCUCUAUGAGCUGGAUGUGCUGGCCGAGGACACCAUCCUCCACUGGUUCCGUAAAGGGACCAACCCCAAGGGCAGGCAAGCAUUUGUGAAAGGCCUUGAGCCGUUUGUGAAUUGGCUGGAGGAAGCAGAAGAGGAGGAGUGAGAGAUUCACAAUCUUAAAGCCAUUUCUGUUCUGUUUUAGUGAUUUUCCAUGAUUGCGAGUUUUUGUAGCUUCUGUCUGGAAUAAGUUCCCCCUCUAAAGUCACACGAUCUGUCUUUGCCUGUUUGAUUGAACUUUGUCCUGUUUCGCAACUCUCUCUUUUGCUUCAUUUUUUUUAUAAUUUAUUUUAAGAUUUAUAA